AUGGUGGAGACGCAGUUUGUGCUGUCCUUCGUGCACCGCUUCCUGGAGCACCGCGGGGCCACCACCUACUUUGCCUUCUGCUACCCCUUCUCCUACACGGAGUGCCAGGAGAUGCUGGCGCAGCUGGACGGACGCUUCCAGGAGUGCAGGCACAUGUCUCCUAGCAGUCCCCUCGACUCUGUCUACUACCACCGGGAGCUGCUCUGCCACUCCCUGGACAAGCUGCGAGUGGACCUGCUCACCGUCACCUCGUGCCACGGCAUGCUGGAGAAGCGAGAGCCCCGGCUGGACAAACUUUUCCCAGACACCGCCACUCCCCGGCCGCACCGCUUCGCAGGGAAGAGGGUGUUUUUCCUGAGCAGCAGAGUCCACCCAGGAGAAACACCCUCCAGCUUCGUCUUCAACGGCUUCCUGGACUUCAUCCUGCGGGAGGAGGACCCCCGUGCCCAGAUGCUGCGGCGGAUGUUCGUCUUUAAGCUCAUUCCCAUGCUGAACCCCGACGGGGUGGUGCGAGGCCACUAUCGAACGGACUCCCGUGGGGUAAACCUCAACCGCAAGUAUCUCAACCCCGAUGCCGAGCUGCACCCUGCAGUGUACGGGGCCAAAGCUGUCCUCCUCUACCACCACGUUCACAGCCGCGUCCUGCCAGGCUCUCCUGACUGGAGGACGUACGUCUCCCCGCUCGGCACCAGCUCGCUAAGCACAAAAUCUUCCAACCAUUCCAUCCGUGGCAGUGCCCCAUCCCCAGAAGCGGUCCUCUCGGAGCUGGAGAAAGCCAAUAACCUCCGCAACUCACCCAGCACCUGGCGUGCCAGCACGUACUUCACCCCUUCUCAGGAACCCCGGCUCCGGGGAGCGCCAGCCACCGAGCUGGGUGGCAAGGACCGAGCUGUCUGGAUCCUCCCUUCAAGCCAUGCCGCAGAGCACUGUGAGGAGGAAGCCAGGAGGCCUCCGCCAACACCUCUCCCCGAAACCAUCCUGCCUCAGGACAGUGGGCUGGCAUAUUAUGUCGAUCUCCACGGGCAUGCCUCCAAGCGUGGCUGCUUCAUGUACGGCAACAGUUUCAGUGACGAGAACGAUCAGGUGGAGAACAUGCUGUUCCCCAAACUCAUCUCCUUGAACUCGCCUCACUUUGACUUCACGGGCUGUAACUUCUCGGAGAAGAACAUGUAUGCCAAAGACAAGCGGGACGGGCAGUCGAAGGAGGGCAGUGGGCGAGUGGCCGUCUACAAGGCCUUGGGGAUCAUCCACAGGGAACGUACAAAAGACCGACAGCCUGUCUUAUCCUCUUUUGGCCCCGGCAAUGGCCGGUCGCAGAUGCUGAGGGAAGAGUACAAGAAGCGU